AUCCGUCCAAAACAAACAAUGUACAAAACAAGCAAUAAUCCAAAUUGCCGUCUGUAAUGUUCUUGUGUUCAUUCCUGUUACAAAUUUUUAUCUCAUCACAAUGAUUUCAUAGCUCUGCUUCCACUAUAUAUAUACACAUGAUUCCUGCAUAAACCUUCAUCAUUUUGGUUUAGACAUGGGCAAUCCCACUGAGUCCAGUGCGUCCUCUAAAAAAUCCACUGCAGAGGUUGAAAAUGAUGCUGAUUUUAGAGUUCAUGUGUUCUCUUCAUCAUCCGAGUUACUUGAAAAGCUUCAUGAAAGAUGGAGUUCAGUGGAGAAACUACCAUACCCAGCUAUGUACUCUAGUAUAUAUGGUGGUAUCAUACUUGAUCCAGCAAUGAUGGUAAUCCCCAUUGAUGAUCACAUGGUGCAUAGAGGGCAUGGGGUCUUUGAUACUGCUAUUAUUUUAAAUGGAUACCUCUAUGAGUUGGAUGUUCACCUUGACCGUUUCCUAAGGUCAGCCUCCAAAGCCAAGAUAAGCUCUCCUUUCUCUAAGUCGACGCUUCGCAGCAUUCUAAUACAACUAACUGCAGCAUCCAAAUGCAAGAAAGGAACUCUAAGAUACUGGCUGAGUGCAGGUCCUGGGGAUUUCUUGCUCUCUUCAUCAGGAUGUCCAACAUCUGCAUUCUAUGCAGUAGUAAUUGAUCAAGAAUUUUCCCAGUGCAAAGAGGGGGUUAAAGCGGUUACUUCCAGCGUACCAAUGAAGCCGCCUCUAUUUGCCACAAUGAAAAAUGUGAAUUACCUUCCUAAUGUCCUUUCAAUAAUGGAAGCAGAAGAGAAAGGAGCAUUUGCUGCUAUAUGGGUUGAUGAGGCUGGUUAUAUUGCUGAAGGUCCACAUGUGAAUGUUGCUUUUAUUACUCAAGAAAAGGAACUUAUCAUGCCUUCUUUUGAUAACAUCCUACGCGGUUGCACUGCGAAAAGGCUUCUUGAGCUUGCACCCAAGUUGGUUGAUCAAGGGCUUCUUAAAGGUGUAACAAAUAAAAAUCUGACUGUGGAGGAAGCUAAAGCUUCUGCUGAAAUGAUGUUUGUAGGAAGCACACUUCCUGUGUUGCCUAUCAUUGCGUGGGAUGAUCAACCUAUUGGCGAUGGAAGGGUUGGAGAAUUGACAAUGAAACUCUCAGAUUUGCUAUGGGAUGAUAUGGUAGCUGGCCCUGACACACAGAGAAUAGCAGUUCCUUACGUCUAGUGAACCUACAAAAGUCAUCAAAUUAAAGGCUGGGAACAGCUUUCUUCUGAGGGAUUCUUCUUGUUGCAUACAUUUGCCAAGAGGUGUCUCCUUGUAUUUGGUUUAUGUAUUUCUAGUGUGAUAUUUUGUUUAUGUAUUUCUAGUGUGAACAAGUUCUAGAGUGAAUCAGUCAUGUUCACUGCUACUCAAUUUAUAAAGACAAUAAGUGGUCCUUGAACUGUUUCA